UUAAAGGCCUCCUCUCACGUGCAAAACCACAUUAAAAGUAAACCAAAAACAAAACCUCUUCCAACCCGGCUGGUCACCGUGGAAGAUUAUGACCACAACCCUCCAACAAACCUACCAAUAGAAACAAAAGAAGUGAAGACAAAAAUAAAACUCUGCUGUCUAUAUUUAUGUACUCUGAACACACGAACCUUAAGAACACCAGAAAGUUUGCACGAGUUAGAGCUAGCUACUGAAAACAUAAAGUGGGAUAUCUUGGGCAUAAGCGAAAUGCGUAGAAUAGGAGAAGCAAUAGAAGAACGAAGUCAAUAUGUCAUGUACCACAAAGGUGAAAUAGCUGGACAAAGAGGAGUAGGAUUUCUAAUAAAAUCGAAACUCAAAAAUCGGAUUAUCGGGUUCGAAGGUAUAUCUGACAGAAUAGCAAUGAUUCAUAUCAACAUGCCAACAUAUAAAAAAGAUUGGACUAUUAUUCAAGUCUAUUCACCGACUGAACAAGCCAACAAAACAGAUAUAGAAGAGUUUUACAAUAGCCUUAGUAUGGUCAUAGAAAAAUACUCAGGAAACAAUAUAGUAGUCAUGGGAGAUUUUAAUGCUCAAGUGGGUGCUCGAACAGCUGGAGAAGAACAUGUAAUAGGCAAUUUUGGAAGCGGCGAAAGAAGUAAAAACGGAGAAAAGCUGGUAGAAUUUCUGCUAGAACAUAAUUUGAUGACGCUAAAUUCCAUGUUUCGUAAAAAAUCUAAAUGGACCUGGAUAUCGCCAGACGGAAAGAUCAAAAAUGAAAUUGACUACAUCCUCACUAACAAACCAAGGUUGUUCAGCGACACGAGUGUAAUAAAGAACUUAAACUUCAACACUGAUCACCGUAUGGUAAGAUGCUGUCUUUCAGAACAGGGUACAAAAAAAGCCAGGCCUAAAGCAGUACAAGUCAACUUCGUUUCGUUUGAAUAGAAAAAUGGGAGCUCCAAGCGAGUCCACGGAAAAUCUAAUGGAAAAUCUAAUGGAAGUUGUUACUUCCAACAAGAACCUGAAAGAAAAAUAUGCUAGAGUAGAAACCAAGCUAAAGGAACAAACUAGAAUGAUACCAAACAAAGUAAAGGAGUCCUACCUAAGCCCAGGAACUAUACAACUUAUUGAAGAUAGAAAAAACAUAAUAUCAAGAAAGAACAGGAAAGAAAAUCUAAAGGAAAUUUCGAGUUUGAGCAAAAGAAUUAGAGAAAAUAUGACAAAAGACAAGAAUAAAAGAAGAACUGAAACCUUGGAAAACCAAAUUAUCCAAACGGGGGGCACUCGCAAAGCUUUGAAGGAACUUCGCGAAAAAGAAAAAGAAUGGAUCCCUAAGUUAAAAAACAAUGGACAGCCGAUCACUAAACGUAGCUCAAUACAGAACAUAGCUACAGAUUACUAUCGCCUGUUAUAUUCAAAGCAGUCAAACCAAUUGUCGCCUGAGAGAAGACCAAGGCUGACAGUGAAUACAAGAGAUAUGGAAGAAGUACCAGAAAUAUUAAAACGGGAAGUAGAAGUAGCCAUUAACAGCCAAAAACUGGAAAAAUCACCGGGCCCAGACAGAAUUCCGAACGAGCUUAUGCGAGGAACAGUGGAAGAACUAAGCCCGAUACUUACAAAGGUUUUCAACGAAAUAUUAUUCACUGGCAUCAUCCCGAGUCAAUGGGCAGAAUCCCACAUUAUCCUCCUAUACAAGAAAGGCUCAAAGGAAGACAUUGGAAACUACAGACCCAUAUCUCUUAUCUGAAAUGUAUAUAAGGUUUUUGCGAAAGUCAUACUGGCUCGAAUAUCUAAAACGCUCGACGAAAAUCAACCGAUAGAACAGGCCGGAUUCAGGAAGGACUUUAGUACAAUAGAUCACAUACACACCAUCAAACAAUUGUUACAGAAAUACAACGAGUACAAUAAAACCAUAUAUCUUGCAUUUAUAGACUAUUCUAAAGCCUUCGAUAGUCUUAAACAUGAGGUGGUGUGGCAAAGUCUUACAGAACAGGGAGUACAUAACGUCUAUGUCAAUGUCAUUAAAAACAUUUACAGGGAGAGUAAAGCUUGCAUCAAGUUGGAAUCUUUGGGAGACACUUUUCCGAUUAACAGAGGUGUCAGGCAGGGUGACCCACUUUCACCGAAAUUAUUCUCAGCAGUACUGGAGCAUAUGUUCAGGAAAAUGGAGUGGGAUCAUCUGGGGCUGAAUAUAAACGGGGUGCGACUAAACCACCUAAGAUUCGCUGACGAUCUAGUUAUAGCAGAGGAGAACCCAAGAAUAUUGGAGUCCAUGAUACAAACCCUAGCAGACAAAAGUAGAGAAGUAGGUCUGGAAAUGAACUCUAGCAAGACCAAGAUGAUGACCAACUCAUUGGCCACAGACAUAAUCAUCAGUGGACAAAAACUUGAAUACGUGAAAGAGUAUGUUUACCUAGGUCAAAUAAUAUCACCAACUGAUCAAAUGUCCAAAGAAAUCAACAAAAGAAUUGCCACAGGGUGGAAAAAAUUUUGGGCUAUGAAAGAGAUAAUGAAAAACAAAAAAAUUGGUAUGAAAACGAAGAAAAAGACUUUCGAUAUGUGUAUUCUCCCAAGUAUAACUUACGGUUGUGAGACUUGGGCUCUGACUGAAAGCCACAGGAACAAACUUGCCAAGUGCCAGAGAGCUAUGGAACGGAGUAUUCUAGGGAUCAAAUUAAAAGACAAAGUUAGAACCAUAGAUAUCAGACUCAAAACCAAACUUACAGACAUCCUCUUACGCAUCGAUCAAUUAAAAUGGAGAUGGACCGGACAUAUGAUCCGAUGCAAGAAGGAAAAAUGGAGUAAACAGGUAACAGUCUGGUACCCAAGAGACGGGCUUAGGAAGCGAGGUCGCCAAGUGAGAAGAUGGGAGGAUGAACUAAGAACGACCCUGGGUCCUCUUUGGAUGAGAGUGGCGGAGGAUAGAAAACAGUGGAAGGAGUUGGAGGAGGCCUAUGUCGAAAGGCACACCGAGCGAAGAGACAUACUGUAAAUGUUAUGAGUGUUGCAUGAAUAGUUUUAAGUAGAAAGUAUUGUAUCUUAGUUCGGAAUAAAGGGCUUAUUAUCUUAUCUAUUAUCUUAUUAAAAUGCAGUACUUACUUGAAACUAUUAUGUGCUGAAAAGUGUAGAUAAAUAUUUGGCUUUUUAACACAA